AUGGCCUCAUCUAAGGAUCUGCAGCAGGUUUCAAGACCAGUCCCACCCCGUCCGUCGCCGCCUACGUUCAACUCCUUAACGGGAUCGAGCGUCCCUCGACAAGCACACUCCCGAACAAACUCUCACACGACGCUCUCGGGCACUCUCCUUGGUGCGAACCGCGUAGGUGGUGCACGCCGCAAGAGUGCGUCGAACAACGCUGCAACUAUGGUGGCUGCCGCUGUCGCAGCUGGAAUAGCAGACCCGAGCGAGAAGAUGCCUGCCAACCCCAUCGACAUCGGGAACGGUCGAGCGUCUAACAAGUCUGGUGGUCCAAGGCCUGAACCUGCCGCGUGGGGGCCUGCAGCGAGCCUCCCUGUGAACAAAUUCCUCAGCAUGGCGGAGAAGGCCGAGUCAUCAGACAGCGCAGUGGACGAUCAAGAGAAUGCUUCCCCUGAAGACGGCGACCCUUCGCAAAAGGAACGCACGCGUAGGGCCAGUGACGGCCAAUCACUUGCCAAGGAGGGGAGGAAAUUCAACCGACCGGAAAUCCACUGUCAGCACUGCGGGAAGGGAUACAAGCAUAGCAGCUGCUUGACCAAGCAUUUGUGGGAACACACCCCGGAAUGGUCCUUGACAUCCAAGCUCCUUAUAUCCAAGCACCAGCAGGUUCAGCUCCUCGAGGCUGCGUCCGUGCUGGUUGCCAUGAACAAUGUGCCGACGAGCCCCCCGGAUUCCGCGCGCGAGACCUCUCCCUCAGUGUCUGGUGGAUUCUCCGAACAGAUGGACGGCCGCAGCUCUGCGAACACUACGCCGCCACCACAGAGGGAUGCUCUGCAGGCCCUGGACAUGCACAAGUUCGACUUCUCUCCCAUGUCAUCCGACGAUGACGAGGAUAUGCGCGGUGGGCUCUCGCGCUCCCUGCACCCGUUGCCCUCGGACAGCGGAUAUGCGACAAGCUUGUAUGGAUACCAGGAAUCCAGCCCGCCGUUGGGCCCCUCCAGCAUGUCCGGUGAGGCGGAUCAUCUGGCCAAGGCCGUGGCCAUGUUGAGCUGCAGUUAUGGCAGCAACGCAGGCUCCCUGACGAGUCAGCUGCCCCUGGACAUUCCAGCUGUGCCUGCCAUCCCGGCUCAAUUCCUGGGCCAGGUCUCCUUGGGGCAAUCGCCCUUCCUUAACAGCUUUCCGGCGCAAGCUCCGGAAAGUCACCUUCGUGGUGCGUCGCGUCGCGAUAGUGACGUUCGGAUGGAAGACGGCGACGACGACGAUAUGCGGUCUCGGGCUCGGAGCGACGAGGAUGAUCACGGUGUCUUCGCCAUGGAAGAAUAAUCCAGCAAGGACCAUCGUGUUUUCCUCUCCCUUCUCGAUUGCGUUUGAUGUGCCACGACCUGCUUUUCGAGGUCCAACUGAGCCGGUCGGUUUUGGAGGAUUAGGAGUUGAACCUGGCUGGCUUGGGAUGGUGUCUGUCGCUCUUUUGUCUUUUCCCCCCCGGUACCAUUUAUAUAUCCGUUGUGUCAAGGGACGAGUUGCUCCGCGGCAGUGGACCUCAGCACCGAUGAGUUGAGAGCAGACCACCACAGGUUCGAUUUUGUGGUGGGAUGCUGCGCAACGAGGUUAAAGCGAGGGCCGGAUCUGUGUCUGCGUCGAGUAAGAUCCCUCCAAGUAGAAACAUGAAAUGGAAUCUGAUUCCAUCACC